CGCUUGCCGUCGCCACAGGCCGAAGGGGAAGGCUCCGGCUUGGACUUGCUCGCCGAGGUGCCGUAAUGGUGGCGCCGUGGAGACCGCCGCUGUUGCCGCUGUUGGUGGUGCUGACAGGAACCGGCCUGGCGUGGAGCUGGGCGCCGCAGGAGAAAAUCUUGUUGCGAGAUCUCCAAGUCCUGACACUCUAUCCAGGCAAGUACACAAAUUAUCGGCGGACGUCUCCAGUCCCUCAGUUGCAGUGCACUGGAGGCUCAGCUGGAUGUAGUGCGCACACCCCUGAGGUUGUCCAGUGUUACAACAAAGGCUCGGAUGGCUACGAUGUACAGUGGGAGUGCAAAGCAAACUUGGAUUUUUCAUACCGCUUUGGAAAAAUCGAAGUAAUCUGUGAAGGCUAUGAUUUCCCGGAUGACCCUUACAUAUUAAAAGGAUCGUGCGGGUUGGAGUACACAUUAGAGUUAACAAAGGAUGGUCAACAAAAAGCUAACUCCUUUGGUGGGAACUACUAUUCCACAACUUCUCAUGAUUCAUUAGGUGCAGGUGCUGGACUGGUCCUGAUAAUAUUAUUUGUGGUCCUUGUUUACGGCGUCUACAAGCUCUUCCUGUGUGAUAACCGUCCACAACAUGGUUUCUCUUAUGAUGAUGGGAAUUCAGGGACCAAUUGGCAGGAUUAUCGGAAUCCACCUCCACCAGGAUUUAAAUCAGAAAGGCAGGAUUAUCAAAGCCCACCUCAACCAGGAUUUAAAUCACAUUUUGCAGGAGGUGCUCGUAGUUCCAGUUAUGAUUCAAAUUCAGGACCAGGUUUCUGGACUGGAUUAGGUGCCGGAGGGCUUCUGGGAUACUUGGCUGGCAACCGAAGGUCACCUUCGUAUCACUCAUCUUCUCCUUACUACAACACGUGGGCUGGUCCAACCGCUCCACCUUCUGCAUUUGGCACUUCAAAUAGCUCUUCAGCAACUCAUAAUUUAGGGACAAGGUCAACCUCUGGUUUUGGAGGCACAAAAAGAAGAUGAAGCUCAGCUUCUGAUCUGCCUGAGCAAGUGAAUAAAAGCAGCCUUCCAGCAAUUCUGAAACCUGUUUUAAGUCUGUUUGCAGUUUUGGAUUCAGUUGCACAUAUUUGUAUUUCAGCUUUUAAAAACAAUGUUAAAUUUUACGCUUAAAGAGAUGCUGUAUUUGGUAAUCGUAUGGAAAGAAAAAUAGAGAAAAGACAGAUGCAGAAAUACAGUCUGAAAUCAUUAA